CAGUGGGUGUCCAGAGUGCACGGGCGUUGUUACUGGUUGCCAGCCAACCCUGCCUGGCGACCAGAGUGCUUUUGCUUUCACACAUACCGACAACAAUCUCAUUUGGAUACGUCACCUUCGACGUUCUUGCAUACACUGCAGCCAUGAUACGAGACGGCAAACAACACGCAUGGCUGUCACUGCCUGUUGAUACCCUUCCGGCAUGGGCUGCCUUGAACUCGGUCUCGUUCGAUGGCAUCAAGAUUGGUCCUUUGCCAGGUAAAGAAGAACAUGGCUGUACUGUCAUUGCGAAGCGCCAUCUCAAAGGUGGCGAAGAGCCUCCUCUCAUGACCAUCCCUAGAGAACUUAUCCUGUCCUUGGAGAGGGUCCAUGAGCAUGCAAAGUCUGAUUCUGAUUUCCGCUCUGUUCUCGAUAGCCUUGACGGUUUUGGAAGGACUGCAAGAGGCGCAAUCUUGACUUUCCUGCUCAUGCAAUCCUUUACCGCAUGCCCCUCCGCCCCAAGAAAGAAGGGCAUAUCAAGCCCAUUUACCGAAUACCUCAAAUACUUACCCAUGGAGAUGCUACCUACUUUCUGGGCUCCUGCGGAAUGUGACUUACUAACUGGCACUACCCUCGCUCCUGCUCUGACCGCGAAGCUCAACUCACUCAACCGAGAGUUUGAGCAGUUGCGUGAGGCGACAUCAAGCCUGCCGUGGUGCGCGGAGCAGUGGUGGGACGAAGUUGACGGUAUUCUUGAAUUUGACGAUUGGUUGCAAGUCGAUGCCUUCUACCGCUCGAGGGCACUUGAGUAUCCCGGAGUGGGUGACUGCAUGGUACCCUGCAUUGACAUGGCCAACCACUCUUCCGGCACCGGCACCGCUGCUAUCUAUGAAGUUGAUGACCAAGGGAAUGCGGUGCUUCUAUUACGUGAUGGAAAGACCGUCGAGGAGAAUGGCGAGAUUACAAUCACAUAUGGCGAUAAGAAAGGCGCUUGUGAGAUGCUCUUCUCGUACGGCUUCAUUGAGGACGAAAUGGAGUCUGCCCGUGAGCUAUUUCUCGACCUUUCCAUCCCGGGAGACGACCCACUUGGACGAGCCAAAGCGGCAGUUGCGAAUUGUGCUCCAGGCUUCAAGAUCGUCGAAUCUGGAGACGGGGUGAGUUGGGAUGGUGCCUACAUCUGGCUUAUCUGUGUCAACGAGGAGGACGGACUCUCGUUCCAAAUCCAACAGACUGUUGAAGGUAACCGAGAGCUGAUCGCCACAUGGAAAGACGAACCGGUGCACGGCUUCGAAGAUUUCCGGUCUAUCCUAGAACAGGACCCUUUGUGGGAUGUCUAUCAUCUCCGAGCAGUGAGUGUGUUGCAAGAACGAAUCGCGAGUCAGCUACAGGAUCUCUAUGGAUCAGAUGACCAGGUCGAUGCCGCGCAACACGGCGACGGCACCAAUAUCAGGGAAAGAGCUUGGCAUCUUGCAAAGCGACUCAGAUUCCUGGAAAGUGAACUAUUGGAGAAAGCUUACAGCUACUAUGAAGACGAGAAGCUUCAACUCAUGCAAAGCGAAACCGUGUUGAGAUAUUUAUCGGGAGCCGAUGCUGAGCAAGAUGAAGACUUUUCAUGAGCCUAGCCAUGAAAAAGUGGAAAAACACUGCAACACGCAAACUCAGCGUCAGCUUGAGUUGUUGUGAUGUUGGAAGUCUCAUAAACGUGGUUAUUGCACCGCGAUCACGCACCCAGCACGGGACCCCACGUCUACCUUAUCUCCAUUGUUUCUGUGAUUGGAGAAACGACCCCCUUUUUGGUUGCUCCACGGCGUCCCAAACUUUGCACG